GGCCCCUUUAAAGGGACAGGGACGGUCUAACCUUCGCGGAGUCCUUGGUGACAGCGGGAAGCGGCGGGCGCAGAGAGCUGUGUGUGUGAGACUCAAGCCCUGGGCCGGGGUGUUCCGCUCCCUUCUCCUCUGCCCCUGGAGGAGAAGUCGUCAGUGUCCCGAGGCUCUGGGAGGCAUGUUCAGGAAUUCGGCAGCCAUCUCUUUGCACCUGGUGGGGUCCCUGCAGAGAAAGAAGGCUGGAGCUUCCCUCAGCCGGUGCUUGCACCAGACUCUCACCAUGGCCAAAAGGCUGCAUGCACGAAGGCUGGAUGGGAUCGACCACAACCCGUGGGUGGAGUUUACCAAAUUGGCCAGUGAGUAUGAUGCUGUGAACUUGGGACAAGGCUUCCCCGACUUCCCGCCUCCAGACUUCGCCGUGGAAGCCUUUCAGCACGCCGUCAGCGGGGACUUCAUGCUCAACCAAUAUACGAGGGCAUUUGGUUACCCACCACUGACCAAGAUCUUGGCCAGUUUCUUUGGGAAGCUGCUGGGACAGGAGAUAGACCCUCUAAAGAACGUGCUGGUGACUGUGGGUGCCUACGGGGCCCUGUUCACAGCCUUCCAGGCCCUGGUGGACGAAGGAGAUGAGGUCAUCAUCAUCGAGCCUUUUUUUGACUGUUACGAGCCCAUGACAUUGAUGGCAGGGGGUUGCCCUGUGUUUGUGCCCCUGAAGCCGACCCCCACCCGGGAUGGGGAACUGGAUUCCAGCAGCAACUGGCAGCUGGACCCCACGGAGCUGGCCAGCAAGUUCACAUCUCGCACCAAAGCCCUAGUCCUCAACACACCCAACAACCCCCUGGGAAAGGUGUUCUCCAAGGCAGAACUGGAGCUGAUAGCCCGCCUGUGCCAGCAGCAUGACGUGUUGUGCAUCACGGACGAGGUCUACCAGUGGCUGGUCUUCGAUGGGCACCAGCACAUCAGCAUUGCCAGCCUCCCUGGCAUGUGGGAACGCACUCUGACCAUUGGCAGCGCUGGCAAGACCUUCAGCGCCACCGGCUGGAAGGUGGGCUGGGUCCUGGGCCCCGAGAGACUCAUGAAGCACCUGUACACGGUGCAUCAGAACUCGAUCUACCACUGUCCCACGCAGGCCCAGGCUGCAGUGGCCGAGAGCCUGGAGCGGGAGCAGCUGCACUUCGGCCAGCCCAGCAGCUACUUUGUGCAGCUGCCACAGGCCAUGCAGCGCAGCCGUGACCACAUGGUGCGAAGUGUGCAGUCUGUGGGCCUGAGACCCGUGAUCCCCCAGGGCAGCUACUUCUUUGUCGCGGACAUCUCGGACUUCAAGAGCAAGAUGCCUGACCUGCCUGGGGCUGCGAACGAGCCCUAUGACAGACGCUUCGUCAAGUGGAUGAUCAAGAACAAGGGCUUGGUGGCCAUCCCAGUAUCCGUCUUCUACAGCGUGCCCCAGCAGAAGCACUUUGACCACUAUAUCCGCUUCUGUUUUGUGAAGGAUGAAUCCACGCUCCGGGCCAUGGACAAGAAGCUGCAGGAGUGGAAGGAUGAGCUCGGGGCCUGACGGCCCCCCUCGGCCCUGCCUCACCGGGUUGGUCCCCUGUGUGCUCUGCAGGGCUCCUUGUCCAGGAUUUGGUCAUUCCCACGCUGGGAUAGAUGGCACUGGUGAACCCCUUUUCUGUGACUCAGGGAAGAGCCCUCCUUCUUAGUCUUGGGGGAGUUGGUAGCAACUCCCCAUGGUGCCUACAAUCCUGUUGCAGAGGUAGGGGAGGCCUGGCCUGGGCCUCUUCCUUGCCCCUCCCUCGUUUAGGUCACAGGGUCUUGGGUCCCUUUUGGCCUCACGGGACUUGGCUGGGACCCCAUGGGCAGAGUCCAACAGUGUACUGGCCUUGAGUCCCAGCUCUGACCCCAGCAAAGGCUCAGGCAGCCCUCCCUUUCCUCAUCCAAACUUGACCUUGGGAAAUUGUCUUUACAGUACUUUUUCUCAGAAUAAAAUUUUAAGUUAUUCAAACCUU